AUGUCUCGCCAGCCAGUCCCGGAGAGAUGGCUCGUGAGUCGGGCCCAUCCCGACUCCGAGUACCCUUCUCGGAUCACCGCAAACCUCUCGUCACUGGACUUUGGCUCCUUGGUUGCUCCGACUUCCAUCAACAUCAGGAAGUCGAUUUCCUCCCCAGGCGGCAGCACGAUCAGCAUGGAAGUUGAUGUGCUCGCAAAAUGCCUGAUCAUCUUAUUCCCGCUUCGCGUCAAGAAGGAUGCGAAUACCCACGAGACCCGCCUCUUCAAGAUCUUGGCUGAGCUGUCACAAACCAAGACCAUUUUCAAAACCGCCCAAGAAGACGGCCACGACGUCUUCAUCUUCCCUUUUACUAUCCCCCCACAGUACUAUUGGCGUGACGACGAAGCUUUUCGAAGUCUUCCCAGGUCGCGCACCCCUGGUUGCCGUCCUCUCGACAUGUGGCGGAGGGCCACCGACAUUUCUGAAGACGCCACGCUUUCCUUCACAUUUCCUGUGGCUGCAGACAGCACCCAUCUGGACCCUGCUUUCCUUGAAGUUGGCCGCUGGACCGCCUUGCGCGUCGUCUUGAGCAACGCAGACCACUCUUCUAAGCUGGCUGCCGAUCGUCUUCUCCUCGCCUUUGAGGAUCGGAAUAUCAAUCUCCAGGUCUGCGAAGAUUUCCGAGUUAGCCAUUCGUCAGUGACCAUGUGGGACUUUCUUGACCACCAUCACCAUGCUGGUAGCGAAGGGGAUGCUCUGGCCCUCCUACAGUCGUCCCUAUACCCGUUUGUCCACCUGGACUUUGGUGUUCGAUAUCAGCUCGAAGUCUGCGUUGGCCGGCGAAUGCUCAACGAACAUACGGUAUCGUUGGAGUUUCUCCAGGGUCUGGCUGCGCUUGAUCCCCUCGACGCGAAACGCAGACUUGAGUAUCUUGCAGACCAGGGAGAUGUCAUGUACGACCCAAUGGAGCUCCUCAACUGGACCGCUGCCGCGUCAUAUAUGCCCAAUACCAGAAUUCCACACUAUUGCGUGUUGGCACGCAAAGCCGCCGUCACCCCUACCACCAUCCUCCUUAGCACACCCGUUGUCGAAACCUCAAACAGAGUCCUCCGAUACUUCAACCAUAUUCAGGACCGCUUCUUGAGAGUACAGUUUGUCGAAGAGACCGAGAUUGGCCGGAUGGCCAUGAACUCUCGUAACAAAGAGGACAUUUGGAAGAAACUACUUCGGACCUUGUACCAGGGCAUCCAGAUCGGUGAUCGUCAUUACCAGUUUUUGGCCUUUGGCAGCUCUCAGCUCAGACAGUGCGGAGCCUAUUUCUUCUGUCCGACAGAUCACAUCUCUUGUGACGACAUUCGUCGGUGGAUGGGUGAAGUCGGCCACAUCAGAAUCGUGGCCAAGUACGCUGCCAGGCUGGGUCAGUGUUUCUCCACGACGCGAGAGAUGCGAGGCCUUCCUAUCCCCGACGUUCGGUCCAUUCCCGAUAUUGAGAGGAAUGGUUACUGCUUUACUGACGGAGUCGGCAUCAUAUCCGACUUCAUGGCCCAGAUGAUCGUCGAAGAGAUGACUCUGGAUGUGUACACAGAACCUUCUGCAUUUCAGUUCCGCAUGGGCGGAUGCAAAGGUGUACUUGUCAUCUGGCCUCAGGCUAAGAAGGGGGAGGUCUAUAUUCGAAAGUCUCAGGAGAAGUUCAAGGCUGAAGUCAAGAAUCUCGAAAUCAUCAAAUGCGCCAAGUACUCGUCCGCCACACUCAACCGCCAGACAAUCACCAUCUUGGAAUGCCUUGGCGUGACCAAAAAGGCCUUCUUGGACAUCUUGGAGAAGCAGAUUCGUCUCUACGAGGAAGCAAUGGGGAAGAAUGAGGUGGCGAUCGAGAUGUUGACCGAUUGCGUGGACGAGAAUCAAUCUACACUGGUCCUCGCCGAGUUGUUGCAAGCCGGCUUCAAGACGGACAAGGUUCAAGAACCGUUUGUGGCAAACCUGUUGAGUCUUUGGAGGUCUUGGUCCUUGAAGCUACUCAAAGAGAAAGCUCGAAUUCCUGUCGAAAAGAGUGCCUUCGUCCUGGGCUGUGUGGACGAGACGGCUACAUUAAGAGGCCACUCCGUUGCAACGGAAGGCUCCUCGGAGAAGGACAUCAGCAAGCUGCCCCAAAUAUUUUUGCAGGUGUCGGACUCCAAGAUUUACAAGAAGAUGCAUGUCGUCAAGGGUCUCUGCGUGGUUGGACGGAACCCGUCGCUGCAUCCAGGCGACAUCCGAGUCGUUGAGGCUGUCGAUAUUCCCGCGCUUCACCAUCUCAAGGACGUCGUUGUAUUUCCUUCCACUGGAGACCGCCCCGUUCCCAACAUGCUGUCUGGCGGAGACCUCGACGGCGAUGACUUCUUCGUCAUCUGGGAACCUACUCUGCUGCCCGAGCUCUGGAACCACCCGGCCAUGAGCUACUCCAGUCCCACGCCAGAGACGCUCGACCGCGAGGUGAACGUCGACGAUUUGCGUGACUUCUUUGUCAAAUACAUGAAGAAUGACGUGCUCCCCUUGAUUGCCACAGCUCAUUUGGCAUUUGCAGAUUCCGAUGGGCCCCUUUCAAAGAUAUGUCUACAUUUGGCUGAGCUUCACUCGCAAGCUGUCGACUAUCCGAAGACUGGCCAGCCCGCGGAGUGGAAUCCUACCAAGCACAACCCGCCGAAAUGGCCGCACUUUAUGGAGAAGAAGAACUCUUACCCUUCGCCAAAGGUCCUUGGAGACAUCUAUGACAGGGUCAAAAAGCAGUCAAUCCAAUUCCAGCCCGACUGGGAAACCGCUUUUGAUCGACGUAUCCUCAACCGAUUCGAGCUGGACAACGCCAUGCUCAAGGACGCCAGGAGACUCAAGUCUCAGUACGAUGGUACUGUACGGCGCAUCCUUGUGCACCACAACCUGGAUACGGAGUUUGAGCUGUAUACUUCCUGGGCCAUGUCAAAGCCCCCGAUUGGUAGCGAGUACAAGCGGCAGGAGGACCUUGGGAAAGAGUUUGACGCGGUCAAGCAGAGAUUCCGUGAUGCAUGCAUCGAAGCGGCUGGCGGCCACGACGAGGCCAAGAUUGACAGAUUUGUGGCAGCCAUGUACAAGGUUACGGAGCAGGAGGUCAAGAUUGCCCUCUUCGAGCAUCACCGCGGACCAACGAAUGAGGCCGGUGUGAUAAAACCAGCCCGAGAGCUGCAAGCCAAGUCGAUGCCGCUCAUCAGUUUCCCCUGGAUCUUUCCCUGGGUCAUGAUUCGAGUUGCAACUGAUGGAAAGUGCAAGCCCAAGGACUCCGUCCUCGCCGCGGCUCAUCGACGAGUGCCUGUGGCUGUACCCUCUUUUGUCCCUCUCAUCCAGCAGGAAGAUGACCAAGCCAGCAAGGAUGUCAAGCCCAAGGAGAGGGCAGGAAUUGAUGGCGAGGAGACUGAGAUGCCGGAUUCUGAGGAGAGAAAUGUGUCGCAGCAACAGGGCCUCUUGAUUGAGCUCGGUGACUUGGUUCUAUUCUGA